CUUUGCAUCUCUCCUCCCUGCCAGUUUAUUGCACUAUCCUUCAUUAUCAUCAUCUCCCUUUUUUUCAUAUAAGUACUUUGCAUGUUUGGAGGAUGGAUGCAAAACCAGGAGCAUCUAAAUGUGUUGAUUGCCUUGUGUUGAAGGGAGUAUUGUGUUGCCAGUCAAAUGUGCUGUUUAUUACCUGUUGACCUUUCAUGUCACUGGAACAGGUGCGUGUUUGUGUUAUGUGAACGUCUCUCAUACUGAGAGAUCAUUUCCUUCUGGUCAGAGAAGCAGAUAACAGGAUGCAUCUGUAGCCCGGAUUUUAUUUUACAGUAGCUGUGUGAAGCUGCUCUGAAUCUAGGAUCUACAGGAAUCCAACAUGGGAAACUUAUCUCUCAAGGAUAAAAGCUGUUUCCUAAUUUUUUGGACUCUUGUGUUGAUGUGCUGCGCUGUACAGCAAGACUACUACUUUAAUGACUGGAGAAAUGUCACCUGGGAUCAGGCCAGGAACCACUGCCAGGUCUGUUUCAAAGAGCUGGUGACACUGACUCCUGAAAACAUCCAAACCAUCUCCCAGAAUCUCAGCUCUGACUGCUGGGUCGGCCUCCGCAAGACAUUGAACUCCACCAGCAACUCCAGUAUGCCCUGGUCCCGCUGGGCCGACGAGAAACCCCUCAUCUUCCAGAACUGGAACCCUGGUUCGCCCGUCUUGAAAUCCUCCUCGUCAAGAAGAUACUGCUGCACCUGCCCAGCAAAGACGACAGAGACAUUUACAACCCAAGAUGUGACAAGCUUUAGUGGACCCGGAGAUAACACAACCGCAACGGACAUAAGCAGCUUCACCAGCGACGUCACAGACCAAACUGUGACAGACCAAACUGUGACAGACCAAACUGGACUCUGGGUAAACACCACCCAUAAUCCUCCACCCGCCAGUGCUGCGCCCACGGCGCGAGUAGAAGCAGAAUAUGUGCAUUUGCCGGAUGUCCACGAAACUGAUGGGAGAUUCAUCAACGACUCUUGUGUGGCCAUGCUCAGCUUUGGGGCUUGGGUUGAAAAGGACUGCUCGGAGCUUCUGCCUUUCAUAUGUUAUGAAGAUCGUUUCUUUGGCCUAGCCAGCGUGAUCACAAUUAAGUCUGAGAGCGCCAUUCUCAGAUGGCAACCCGGGCCUGGUAUCAUCAGCCAUUACCGCGUAGAGGUCAGAGCCGGCGGAGAAAAGACACAAAACGAGACUGACAAGUUGACCCUUAACCUUGGUUACCUGACAGCAGGCACCCGCUACUCAGUCCAGGUGUUCCCUGUUAAGUGUAACAGAGACCUCAACCCGCAGGAGGUCGCCUUCUACACCAUACCGAACAAAGUGGAAAACCUCGCAGUCACCAACGUGACAGAAUCCUCUGUCUUCCUGAGCUGGAACAAGCCAGCUGGAAACGUGGGUUUCUAUCUUAUUAAGUUCCAGGGUGGUAAGCCGAUUAAAAGUUACAGAGAGGACACAGAAAUCGACAGUCUGACACCUGGAAAGCGUUACACAUUCACUGUCCUCUCGGGAGUCGGAGACAAUUCAACAUGGAGUGAAGAAUCCAACUUCCAAGCAUACACCAAGCCCGGGAAAGUGUCCAACCUGAGGGUGACUAACAUAACCGACAGCUCGCUGCAGCUUAAAUGGGAGCCACCUAAGGGGAAAAACGAGGGUUUCUUGGUGAAGGCUGUGAAUGACACUAAUGACACAUUGGAUAUUGAUCGAAGGGUGACUGAAACGGAAGUGAUAAUACCGGGGCUGCCAAUGGGCACCAGGAUAACCUGCAGUGUGACAGCACUGACAGACAAUGGCAAACUUGAGGGAGACAAAGUGACUGUCACCAAUUACACCGCUCCUGGAUCAAUUUCAGACCUGAUUUUGGACUCAACAUAUAACUCCAUCAAUGCCACGUGGAAGUCAUCUGCGGGUAGUUCUUCAUCUUUCACCGUCGAGCUCCAGCUGGACGGCAAAAAUGUAACUACAAUACACGACCUAAAAGAACCUGGGAAGCACUUUGACAAACUGAAGUUUGCAGCCAAUUACACAGUCAUCGUCUACACGGUGAGCGGACAUAUCAAAAGCCUGGCAGUGGAACGCUCCAAAUUCACCGGGGUGGUGCCACCUACUAAUGCCACAGUCAUUUCAUCCAAUAAAAAAAAUAUCACCUUCCAGUGGAAGGCCCCUGACAACAUAGUAACAGCCAGGUACUCUGUCAGAAUCAACUCCAGCUUCUGGGGCCACGACCAAUCUGACACUGUGGAGGACAAAACCACGUACACGUUUGUUGGCUUGGAAUCAGGGACCAAGUACGACUUUGAAGUGCGAUUAGUGGCCGACGGAAAGUCAAGUACCCCAGCAACUGUGUCAAAUUUUACAGUUGCAGAGAAACGGGAAAUCACUCUGUCUAUGUUGUGCUCUUCGGCUGAAUCUCUCCUCUGUGAUAAAUACACCACGAGGGACGAUGUUUAUAAUCAGUUGCACAAACAUUUCAACGAGCUGUUGGGGGACAAUGUUUUCUGGCAACUCGAGAAGCUGGAAAAUGAAAACAGAUAAUGUUUUUUUUUUAAUUAUUAUUCAAAUCGGUAUUGGUGAAGGUAUUUUGUGUGUUUUCUGUCUUGGGUUUACUUUUUUUCACUGUACUGCUGUUCAGGAAAUCAAAUAUUAAACCACAGUGUGUCAUAUUUAGUGAAAAGACAUUAUCAUUUUUUCUUUUGUGAUUUUAAAUCUAGUUACAAGUUGCCUGCACCAACUCUCUUUAAUAUUUUUUAUUUGAAUUAUUAAAAAAUGUGGCAACAAAAUAACUGUAAUACUAAAAUGUAUUUUAUACUCUUGCUGAUUUCCUCUUGUUUUUGUUUUAAUUGUUUUAUAUGAUAUAAUUUUCCCCCUGGACGUUGUUUUGCAUGUAUGGCCAAUUUCCGCCAGGAAAAAAAUAAAACAGAUGAAAGUCAUGAUAAAAAUAAAGACAUUUGUCAGAGAAACUUGGACAAAAUCAUUAGAUAAUAAAUCAAAAAUGUUCACUUACUAUGUCAAAAUUACCAUAAGCAUUUUUGUUUAUAUCAAGUUUAACUUUUUAUUUCUUUUUUUUCCUGGCAAUUCUGCCAGGGCAUCCAAAUAUGUGUCUGAUGUAACUAAAUAAAUAAUAAUAAUGUAAAACAUGUUUUUUUCUAUCAUUUUGGAAGAUAAUUUCUUCAGUAAAAAGUAAACUAAUUCAUCAUGUUCCAGCGCUCAAUAAAGUUUUCCAACAAC